UACACAAGAGGCACCGUGACAGCCUUCUCUCCUUUUGAUGCCAGAGCUGACGCAGAAGCCCUUCGUAAGGCCAUGAAGGGAAUGGGGACUGAUGAAGAAACUAUUCUGAAGAUCCUUACCAGCAGAAACAAUGCUCAGCGUCAAGAAAUUGCAUCUGCCUUUAAAACCUUAUUUGGCAGGGAUCUUGUAGAUGACUUGAAAUCAGAACUUACCGGCAAAUUUGAAACGUUGAUGGUGUCUUUGAUGAGACCAACAUAUAUUUUUGAUGCUCAUGCACUGAAGCACGCCAUCAAGGGAGCAGGAACCAAUGAGAAAGUGUUGACUGAAAUUCUUGCCUCCAGAACACCUGCAGAAGUGCGGAAUAUUAAACAGGUUUAUCUGCAAGAGUAUGAGGCCAACUUGGAGGAUAAGAUAACAGGAGAAACAUCGGGCUAUUUUCAGAGAAUGUUGGUGGUCCUGCUGCAGGCCAAUAGAGAUCCUGAUGGCAGAGUUGAUGAGAGUCUUGUUGAGCAGGAUGCUCAGGUUUUGUUUCGUGCUGGGGAGCUGAAAUGGGGAACAGAUGAAGAAAAGUUCAUCACCAUCUUGGGAACCCGAAGUGUUUCCCAUUUAAGGAGGGUGUUUGACAAAUACAUGACUAUUUCCGGCUUUCAAAUUGAAGAGACCAUUGACCGUGAAACCUCUGGUGAUUUGGAGAAGCUGCUUUUGGCAGUUGUGAAAUGUAUCCGAAAUGUGCCUGCCUAUUUUGCCGAGACUCUCUAUUAUUCCAUGAAGGGGGCUGGCACUGAUGACGAGACCCUGAUCAGAGUCAUGGUUUCAAGAAGUGAAAUUGAUCUGUUGGAUAUUAGACAAGAAUUCAGAAAGAAUUUUGCGAAAUCAUUGUACCAAAUGAUUCAGAAAGAUACAUCUGGGGACUACAGGAAAGCACUCCUGCUCCUCUGUGGUGGAGAUGAUGAGUAAUGGUGACAGUGACACGAAGGAUUUGUUGUACUCCAGCUUUGCAGCUAUUUAGUUAGCAUGUCUAGCUAAGUUUUUGUAUCUUAAUGCUUUGUAGCUAUUUGAAUUUAUACCAGUAUUGCACUUAUUAAAAAUGAGCGUAUUGUUAGCCAAGUGAUAGCUGGCCUCUCCUCUUCCUGACAUCCCAGCCUCCAGGAAUUUCAAGUGCCUUCUGUGAGUAUGUGAGAGUCCUCUUCAUGGAAGAUGGGUACUGAGCACAGAACCCAGUUCUUUGCAAGUGUUUUGCUGAAAUAGGAAAAAAUAAUUAUGUAUUUCACUAAUA